CGGUAGUUCGCGCGCGUAUUCGGUUUACUUUGUCGUCCUUUGCGCUCUUUUUUUACUCUUCUUUUGUUUUCUGUAUAAACAUUUGAAAAACAAUAAUUUUACCAUAGGAGCCUUUUGAAAGUAUGAUUUAGUGUUUUUUUUUUUUUUUAAUUGAAUAAUUAGUGGAUUGGUUUUUGAGUACUCAAGAUCUAAACCAGUAUAUAUAUAGGAUGGUUUCAAUGCAGCCGCAGUCCGGGGUGCCCCCUUCUACUUAUCGGUCAUUGAUUCUGGUGUUUCUGUUAGGAUUUUUAAUAUCGCCCACGUAUACGAAGGGAACCAGUCUACCACAAGGUCAACAGCCGAAGAGUAGACAAAAAAGGAUACUGUGGAUUACAGAGGACGGCAGGUUAGCCCUACCACCCGGUACGACAAUGACCGUAGGCCCGUCUCUAUCCAUGCCGUUUGUACGGUACCCCCCCAACGGAUUCUGGUCUAAUUUAACAGUUAGUUUACCAUUCACAAUUAUGUUCGACAGUUUGGGCUUAACGGACAACGAGAACCCUUACGGGGUCCUACCGCCCUUAUUGGCAAGAUCAAUGGGGAGGGCCGCCGGUGGCGCACUGGCCAAUUAUAUAGGGAAACUUCUGGACCGAAGAAGAGGAAAAAGAUCGGUGGUUUCUGACGAGGACAUCCGCCCACCGAAAUCGGAGGGGCACGUGCACGGGGGCGAACGCGCCCUAAUUUACUUGGCCCUCGAGGACUUUUUAGAGAACUUCGGUCUGGAGGGCAAAGCCUGCCUGUUGAGGGCCAUCUGCGAGGUCCACGCCCACAGUAUGCAGGGUUUCGGACUCAUUGGCGAAAUGCUCAAACUAUUUCUAAGUGCAAGUAAAUCUCCUUAUGCCCAUCUUAUGGAGGAGUACGUGGAGGCCGAAAGGGCGGGCAAAGGGGUGGACGGGGGCCCUGCCGAAUGUUGGCCCUACAUGAAGGACUGCCCUAAGUCACUGUUUACUUCGAAGCAUAGCAAGUAUAGUGAAACGUUCGAGGAUAAUGAAAUUGGUGCAGAAGAGGAGGUGGAGGAGUCAAAAGUGAUUUAUAACCCGGCCAUGCAUAACAUGUAAUAUAGUAUUAGUGUGGAGAAGUGAAAUAGUGAUACCAAAAAAACGUGAUGUGAUUUAUAUACUAAGUCAGUGGGUUUUAGGAGUAAAAUAUGAAAUCACCUGUUAGCUAAUAGUAUAUGGUAUGGUACGAGAAAUGACUUGCUCAACAUUUGUAAAUAAAUUAUUUAUUAUUA